AUGGACGGCUUCGUCAAGGUCAAGCUCAAUGAUGGCCACAACGAGCAAUGGCCAUGCAGAACCAAACCAAACCAAAAGACUACUAUACUAUCCUUGCCGGCGGAGCUGCAUCUCGCCAUCUCUCAGCUCUUGAUAUAUCCAGAUGCCCUUUCCUUGAAGCAUACACACAGGCUCUUCUAUCAUCUGGUGGACACGGGAGUAGAACUCAAGAUUGACUGGCUCGUCUCUCGACGGAGACUGCAUCUCGAGUGCCCCAACGACAAGGCAUGUGAUUUGGGAAGUGACAUACGAUUCUGUCGUGGAAGCGUAGCCGAAGCCUGUUGA